AUUAUUGUUAAUUGCUGGUUCUCUAUUGUGUUACGCUUGGAUUACACAACAUCAACUAUAAGUUUUUCCAGUGUUAACUAAAAGUGUAUGCACAUCAAUACAGACAUUUUCAAUAGGCAUAUUAAAUAAUGGGCAGAAAUAUAUUUGCUUGUACAGCUCAAGCAAAUGUUGUUGUUGUUGUUCUUUUCCGUAUUAAAAUCUUUGUGUUGUUUUUAAGCCUUCUUGUAUGACAUCAUACAGAUGAAGCGAAACAUUCGCUCUUGAUACAUUAUCUGCUUUCAACAUAUGUGUAACAGCACUUCGCCCUGACUCGCUCAUACACACGAAUACGCAAAUGAUACAGCCAUAGCACUGUUAUAAUGAACUGUCACAAGUUGUUGGCAAUUUUGGCUCUGACAUGUUUGCUCUUCAAGAUAAGUGGCUCACGCUCCCUUCGGCCCAUGCUGAAUGGUCCUGACAUGGCCUUUCUCAACACAAAGGUGGUUUUUCAAUGUUUUGCACACAGUUCUUCUCCAACGAUCAUCUACAAGCUGAUCAGGGAUGGUAAAUUCCUCAUCGGUAUACAUGUUGGUCACAAAAGGGACCGGAACGCAACAUUCUCCCUGAAGGUCAAAGCAGCAUCAGCUGGGCUGUACCAGUGUACGGCCACGGCUGGAAGAAGCACUGGAGUCAGCAACAGAAUCAGACUGACUUUAGUCACUCCAGCAUCAAACACCAGAGUGACCUCUGAACCCUCUCCCCCUACUGUCUAUGAGGGGUCAGGCAUCAUCCUGAGGUGUGACGCUGACAGGGGCUCCCACCUGUUCUACACCUGGUUUUUCAACAGGAAGGAAGUGACACCAUCAACAUCCGGCUUCCACCUCACCGGGAACCAGCUGCUGAUGGAGGGGGUGACUCCAGAGCAUGCUGGGACUUACUACUGCAUCGCUUGGUCUGUGGUGCAGGACAUCAGGAGGUUUUCCACCAGCACAGAGGUCACAGUGACGGUCAAAGUUUAUGCUUCAAAACCAGAGAUUUCAUUCUCCGUCUUCAAAGCUGGAGGCAGUUACCACAGCAACAUAACCUGCUGGUCAUCCAGAGGGAGCCCUCCUGCGACCUUCUAUCUUCUGCUCGAUGACAAACAGGUUGGAUCUGUCGUCGCCUCUGAGUCCCUUUCUGCUUGGUUUGACGUGGCCCUGGUAAUUGGGCUGGACAUGGGCGAUGCACGGUGUCGGCUGAAAACUGACGUGCAGGACCUGCUCAGUGAGUUUGUGACUCUGGAAGUAGUCCCAGUUGGAGGGAGGCUGAAACUGGAGGUGGACUACCUGUACACGGCUGAGUCCAAGCUGGCUGCUGCCAGGCUGAGCUGUCAGGUCAGCAGAGGAACGUUCCCUCACUUCUCCUGGCUCUUCAACAACUCUGUCCUUCCAUCCCAGUCACACAUGGAUUCUCACAGCCAGCCCAGCCUUUCUCAGUUCGCCUUUGAUGAUCGAACACAAACUCUCAUCCUCACUAAACUCGGCCCAGAGGAUUCUGGGUAUUAUCGCUGCAGGGCCAGAGACAGCUUCAAUCCCUCAGGGCAGUGGGUGCAGAGUGCAGCUGUGUUGGUCCAAGUCACAGACCAGAUCCUUAACAUGAUGUCACAAGCAACAUCCUGCAGCGACACUCUACAAAGUCUUUACACGUCUCCAUUUGAGAGCAUCGCCCUACUGUUCUGCUGCUUCUUCAUCCUAAUACUGGCAGUGGGCUUCAUUUGUGUUUACAAGAUGUUUGACCACUCACAAGCUUCACCUGACAUUCCAGCAGCAAAUCCCGGCUCUGCUCCACUUCAUCUUUCAGAACCAGAGUCUCUGUCAGUGGCUCUCCAGGCUCAGGUGUUCUUUGCAGAUCAAGAAGUUGAAAAUCAGGUGAACAUAAAGCUGAAAACUGCUCAGCUUAGUUUACUGUCCAGUCAUAAUACUGGACUUCUCAGUUAAGACCCCAGUACAAUCUGCGAUAAAAGUUGAGUUGUUUGUGUUGUGUUUUUCAAGAUGACCACCAAAGAUAUUUGGCCUUAGCCAAAAAAAAAAAAAAGAGUUACUAAUCAGUUAAUUUUACAGAUAUUGAGUGAAAAUUUGAUGUUGCACUAGCAAAGAGUUGUUCCCAAUACAUACUAAGAGCUAACAGAUCUUGAGAUUCUGAAUACAGUUAAUAUUUUUGUCGAUGUUUGACCAAAACAGUUAAAACAUGAUUAAAAAAUAAAGAUUAUCUCAGCUUACCACUGCAGUCGAUGGACGAUAAACUUGCUGAGUUUCUCAGAUCUAAAGAAAUGAUCUCUCACCAGAAUCAAGCAAUGCAUUUAUUUCUUACAAUGUACGUACAUGCAUUUGGAAAGAGAAGCCUUUAGUUAAAAGUGACUCCACGAACUUUAAUGUCAAGAAGGGUUUAAAUAAUUAACAAGUGUCUUUUAAAAUGAUUUUCAAUAAAAGUCAACAGUUUGCAUGAAAUUAACCUGUUAGCAUAAAUAAAAUGUAUGUGUUUUCAGUCAUUCAAUAAAAUUCAUCAAAUUACUGAAAAAUAAGUGUUCAUAUAUUUUGUAGAAUCUUUAAGAUGCAACCAAUGAUUGAUUUUUCUCUUCAACUCUC